AUGUCCCCUAAUAACGCCAAUAUUGACAUUCGUGAUACAGUAAAUUACAAAGAAGUGAUGAAACAGCACCGGUUAGGACCUAAUGGGGCAAUCAUGACAUCGCUAAACCUCUUUGCGACGAAGUUUCAUCAAGUUAUUAGCAUACUUGAAAAGAAGGAAAAUCUGGAUUGGAUUGUAGUAGACACACCUGGACAAAUUGAAGUUUUCACAUGGUCAGCAUCAGGUCAGAUAAUUAUAGAAUCUCCCUCGGCAACAUGGCCAACAGUUCUUCUUUUCGUUGCUGAUACCACGCGCUGCACAAAUCCACAAACGUUCAUGAGCACUAUGUUGUGCUCUAGCAGCAUCAUGUUGAAGCAACAAAUUCCCCUAGUUCUUGCAUUUAAUAAAACUGAUGUUAUGUCGUCGGAUUUGGCAGUGUCCUGGAUGAAGGAUCCCGACGCAGUCUCCGAUGCGGUGAACUCCGAUAGGGAUGGCAACUACGCUGGAAGCUUGGUGCAAUCACUUUCGCUCUUUACCCAUAAUUUCUACGAGAAAUUACCUUUUGCGAGCGUUUCCGCAGCGACAGGGAGGGGAAUGGAGGAUCUUGAGGGGGCCCCGCUUUUGGCGACGCGCCAGUGUUUUGAAGAAAAAAGACCUCAGCUCAGAAAGCGAGAGAAUGAAAGCAACGAGGAGCGAGCCGCCGAGUCAGAAAGAAUGCUCCGCGAAUACAAGAAAGACAGGGAGGCAGAGACGCAGUAG